AUGGAUGAGGCCGUAGAAGUUGACGACUCCGAAGAUGUAAGGUUUUUAUUGAAGAAAUGGAUCGAAAAGUGUCGAGUUGGAAAUGAAGAAGGUGCUGAACGAGUUGGCGAACAGAAGAAAUGGAGAAUAGCAAAGCGGAAAAUGAGAAAAUGUUGGUGCACACCUUUCACGCCGGACUAUCGAAAAUUUAUUGAAAGACAGAACAGAGCCAACGGGAUUACCGACCCGCAUAUUGAACCGAUGACUUAUCCACCCGUGACGACUACGAUGGCUGUUGAAACUACAGAAUCCCUGAUCACCACAUCAACUGCUGGAAGCAACACCAAGACUAUCAUCGUCACUUGUUGUAUCAUCGGAGUGGUCAUCCUUCUCUGCGUCGGAAUCGCCUUGUUCUAUUUCCGUCGGAAAAAGACGUCUGCUGGUACGAAAGAUAUCAACUCAGUCGAGUCGAAUAGCAAAACGAAUAAGAAGAAUAAGAAAGAUGCACAAUUCGCCAGAUAUUAG